AUGGCGGUACUAUCUAAACUGGCCCUGCCCGACCGAUCGAUUAAGGACAUUAUCGCGCAAGCGACCAACCUCUACGUUUCGAACCGAACUCGCAUCUCCCGUGCCGUCUACCUGACGCUCCUCAUCGCCCUCGUGAACCGCGUGCGGCAUGCAAUAUCCGAACAGAAGGCUGCCUCCGCGCGCGAGGCCGCCAAACGCCGGUCCGGCACCACUUCGAGCGACAUACCCGAAGCCACGCGCAAGAAGAAGGUCGAGCUGAACCGCGAGUUCUUCCGGGCCCUGCUGCGGCUGCUGAGGGUCGUGAUACCGGGCUGGCGGAGCAAGGAGACACGGCUGUUGCUUAGUCACAGCUUCUUCCUCGUCAUUCGAACAUUGAUUAGUCUGAAGGUCGCGGAGAUGGACGGUGCCAUCGUGAAGGCGCUCGUCAAGGGCAACGGGAGGGACUUUCUCAUGCGCAUUAUGUGGUGGAUGUUGAUCGCUGUACCGGCGACGUUCACAAACUCCAUGCUAUCGUAUCAUCAAGCCGAAUUGUCGCUGAAGUACCGGACGAGGUUGACCCAGUACAUUCAUGACAAGUACUUGUCCCAACUCACCUUUUACGGAAUCUCUGCUUUGGACGAUCGAAUAAAGAACCCGGACCAGCUCAUUUCUGUUGAUGUGGCCAAGUUCUCGAACAGUCUAGCGGAACUGUACAGCAACCUGGCGAAGCCUAUCUUGGACAUGACGAUAUACACAUGGUCGCUAUCCAAGAGCGUAGGUGGUGAAGGAGUGGUCUUCAUGUCAUUACUGGUCCAACUCUCAGCCAACGUAAUGCGCACACUUACACCACCAUUUGGGAAAUACGUUGCGGAAGAAGCCCGCUUAGAGGGCGAGUUUCGUUUCCAACACUCCCGAUUAAUAGACCAUAGCGAAGAGGUCGCACUCUACGCAGGUCACGAGGCCGAGAAAGACACGCUUGACAAAGGCUACUUCACGCUUAUUAAGCAUGUGAACUACAUCUUGCGUCGGCGCUUCUACCACGGGGUUAUGGAAGACUUCGUGAUUAAGUACUUCUGGGGGGCUUUGGGCUUGCUCCUGUGCAGUGUUCCCGUUUUCUUCAAGAUGCCCGGACAACUUGCCGGCGCAGUGGUUAACAUGGGCGACCGAACCGAAACGUUUGUCACCAACAGACGCAUGUUGCUAAGCGCAUCUGAUGCAUUCGGUCGCAUCAUGUUCUCGUACCGUGAAAUUAUGGAGCUCGCUGGCUACACCUCACGUGUCGCGUCGCUCCUCGAUGUCAUGGAUGAUAUCCAGGCGGGCCACUUCGAGAAAAAGCUCGUUUCCAGCUCAGGUAUCGAAGACAAUGAAGCUGUGCUGCGAGGUCGCGGCAAGGUGGUCGAAAGUGCUGAUAUCAAGUUCAUCGAUGUACCAAUCAUUAGCCCCAAUGGCGAUGUGCUUGUGUCGAAACUGUCCUUCUCCCUCAAGCAGGGCGACCACCUCCUCGUCGUUGGCCCCAACGGUUGUGGUAAAUCAUCCCUCUUCCGCAUUCUCGGUGGCUUGUGGCCUGUCUACGGCGGCACAGUAUAUAAGCCCCCCUUCUCUGACAUCUUCUACAUCCCGCAACGACCCUACCUCUCCCGCGGCAGUCUGCGCCAACAAAUCACCUACCCAGACAGCCUACGUACGGUCCGCGCCCGCGGCGUCACCGACGCCCAACUUCUCGACAUGCUCAAAAUCCUCAAUCUUGAGCACUUAGUGGAACUCUACCCGGAGGGCUGGGACGCCGAAGCCGAAUGGCGCGAUGUCUUGUCAGGGGGUUUGCAACAGCGCGUCGCCAUGGCUCGUUUAUUCUACCAUAAACCCCGGUACGCGAUCCUGGACGAGUGCACGAGCUCCGUCACGCUCGAGACGGAGAAGGUCAUGUAUGAUAAUGCUAAGGCGCUGGGGAUCACACUCAUGACGGUGAGUCAUCGACGGAGUUUGUGGAAGUAUCAUAGUCGGAUUCUGCAGUUUGAUGGACAGGGAAAUUUUGUGUUUACGAAGCUGGAUGCGGAUAAGAGGUUGAAGCUGGAGGAUGAGAAGGAGGAUUUGGAUGUGCUUUUGAGGCAAGUGCCAGAGAUUGAAAGGAGGAUUGGGGAGUUGACUGUUGAUUGA